AUGCUGUUUUACCAUGUGAAAGAAGUGUUGUCAAAGUUUUACCAAGAUGAUAUCGCUCGUGUUAUUGCUGCAGCCGUGUUAAUUGUUGCGUUCGUCUGCACUUGCUAUCUGAGUUCUAUCAUCGGACUGACGAUACUAGUGUGCUUCAUCAAUGGCUGUGCCGCAGCAGUAUUCACUCUGAACCAUAAGGACACCUUCGGCAGAUACAUACAGAAGGCGAAGGAUUUCUUUGGAUUCAAGGAAUACGAUGGAUCCAACCGUCACGAGUGCGACGUUUGUGGCAAUGAACGUUGUCCGCGACAUAACCGCAAUAUACUGGUACCGAAACCGUCGCAAGGAUUCCUUAUCGAGCGACCGCUAGACGAGGCUAUCGAUAGGUUCUUUACGCACAUAUUGGAUAACUUUAUUCGAAGUUGGUACAACCAGGUAACACCAGACGAAGAAUUUCUGUAUCAUCUAAAAUCCACGCUGCGAGAUGCGCUCUGUCGCUUGGUGCUGAGAGCAAAGGAAAUAGAUGCGCCGGGGGUGAUAAUGAAUCGAUUGCUUCCGACCGUCUUCAUACACUACGAGAUAAUCGCAAAAAUGUUGCUCGUCGAUCACGUUCCUAUGGACAAGCUGGCCAAAACGUUCGUCAUAGAUGAGUAUCCCAUUCAUCCGGCAGUGCUGAAUCGUGGGGCAGAGUUGAACUAUUUACGGGGUAUAGCGAAAGUGUUGAUUCCGAGACUUUUUACGGCAGAAAACACGAACUGUAAGAUCUUCUUCAACCUAAUCAAAGAGCUGCUAACGUUCUGGGUGCUUUUACCGAUAAUGGACGUUAUCGCAGACCCGAAUCUGAUCAAUUUACUUAUCAUAAUUGCUACCGAUAAGCGCGCGAAAGACGCUUCCCGUAAACUGGCCGAUGGGUCUAAAGAGCAGCGCGAUGAGAAGGUUGAAAUUUUGGGCGCGUUUGUAGAUCGAAGUCGGAGGAAGAUUGAGUGCGGUGUGGAAAUAAGCGUCCCACAAGAGAUCCUUUGGGAAGAUAAGGACAAGUUGUAUUACUUUAUGCAGUUUCUAAUCAAGGAAGGAUCGGUUGAAUUGUUGCAGUUCUAUCUGGAUGUUGAUAACCUAAACAAAGAGCUGGAAGAUCCUCACAUCACAACGGACCCCACGAAGUUAUCUUCAUUGCAUCAGCAGUCGGAAAAAUUGCUUCUGAAAUAUCAGUCCAUGGUAAAGUCACCAGGUGGUCAGCUUGGCAGUGAAGAUUCAUCCCCGGUCGGUACACUCACGGAAGCACACGAUCGUGUGCGAUUGAAGCUAGAAGAAAAGUGGUUCAAACAGUUCAGCAAAACAGCGGAAUACUUUACCUUGGUUUACGGAGGACGUGAUAUAAGGGAUUCGUAUGAUAAAAAAGGAAGCGAUGGAAUAUCAGGAGCCGGGACGAAACUUAGUUCGAAAUUCAAAGAAGUCAUUCGAGGAGCCGUUGACGGAGCACCUAUCGAAGCCACCGAGGCACCUACGGUUUGGGACGCGUUGAACGAUGUCCACCCAAGCAACAAUAUUUACAACUCCGUGACACAGAAGCUUCGCAAAGAGAAAGGACAAAGUUUGGACGUUUUCAUGACCACUUUCAUGCAUUCCAUAGAGCAAAGUCCCGAUAUUGGCGAGGACGUUGUGCUGGAAAAGGAAGCGAUUAAGAAGAAGACGAGAAUUCCCGGCCAGAGUGUUGUGUUUGGGGAUCUGUUCGAGUUGAAGAAGGCUUCAAAAAAUACUCACACCACUACACUGCUGUCCCAUAGCGUACGAGGCCCAUCGCAGUGCUUCGUUUACAUUUUGGUUAAAGUGCUUAAUGCGCCCUUCAUAAUCGUUCGCUUGGCUCUUGCAUUUUGCUGUGUUUCACGCAAAUCUGUCGACACGCUGAUCAAUUCUCUUACGGCGAAAUUGAUUCGGGCGGGCCUGAAAGAAAGCAGACUAGCAUUCCUCAUCAAUCUGCUGCGCGAGCACGUAUUUCUACGAAAGCAACCGGAACCCACCCCUGUCAUGUUGCUGAAACGACAGCAAGAGGCUCGCAAACGGUUGGAAGACCUUCGAGGAGGAUUAGGUAAUGUGGCCGAUGUGUUGCAGUCACCGGUGUUGAACAAACAUUUGAUGUAUUGCUUAUUUGAUAUUCUGCUGGCGGAGAUGUACCCGGAGUUUGAUGAAUCUCCGACCGGCAAAGAUAAGUUGUAA